UAUAUAGGUAGUAAUGUAUAAGACACAUACCAUUAUAAAUAUGCAUAAGACACUAGAGACCAAGAGUAUUCAGAUACAACUAACACUUUAUCAUUUUUAUUGUAGUACACUUUACAUAUUAUCAAUGGCUAAAGGUUCAACCAUUAAUCUUGCUUGCUUUCUUUUAUUCGUUCUCAUAGCAACAGAAUUUUCUUGUAGGAGUUGUGCCAGGGAAGAAAUAAAAAGGAGUGCCACAAUAGCACCAACAGGUUUUCAAAUCAACGGCAAUGGUGAUUACCCUUGCAAUGAUGUUAGCGAUUGUGAUGAUUAUUGCGGUUCUGAUGGUUGUGCUAUGUGUGUAAAUGGCGAAUGCAAAUGUAAUUGUCCUAAUUGAGUAAAUUAGGAAUCAAGCUAAGAAUAAUAAUAAUAGUAGUAGUAGUAAUAAUAAUAAUAAUAAUAUAUUGAGGGUUUCAUUUUAGACCAAAUCAAUAAAAUUGAUGGCGGGGUUAGGACCAACAAUUCCAAAUCAAGCUUUAUCUUUUCUACAUUCACCCUUUUUAGCAUAAUGCAUAAGUAUUUAAUAAUUUGAC